UAGUCCGGUAUUGCACAAUCAUGAGCAGCUUCAAUAUAUUCUUAAUUUAGCAACCGAAGUUGUCAGUUGAUUGUGAAAUGCAACAUAAACACUAUAUAUACCCAUGUCAAGCAAUAUUUAUCACAUGUAAGAUGUGAAGGGUUGGAACUUAUUAGAUUUGAGUUUUUAACUUCUAAAUUAGCAAGAUGACAAAUUUGUCGGAAACAGAAAUUUUAGCACUUUGUGAAGGAGAAGCACUGCGAUUGUGUGAGAAAACCACCAUUAUUGAGACCAUAAUCUCACUGACCAAACACAACAGUGCACGUGUAAGGCAGAGAGCACUAAAGGAAAUGUGUCCGUGCAGAGUAAAGGAAGAUCUGUCCGACUUCUGGAACAGAGUGAUGGAAAUGAUAGAUGACGAGUCGGCCACUGUCAGAUACCAGGUCAUGCACACACUCUGUGAUGGUUCACCAUCUCACAUGGAGGACAAUGUUGCCGACGCCUUAGACAUCUUCAACAACGAUGCUGACAAGAAAAUCAGAAGGAAAGCCCAUCAAGUCUUGACCACUUACAGGAGAACUGGAAAGUGGAACGUCAUGUAAACUGCAUAGCAAGGGUUGCUAUGUCAACAUUCAUUCAACUGUUGUGGAGAUAAGGAAUUGUUCAAGUUGUAGAGUUCUCAUUGACUGUGUUGUUGAAGGUUGUGCUAUGUAACAGUGUCAACGUGAUAUAAAGUUAAACUGUGCAAUAAACUGGACAUAAAAUUAAACUGUAGUGUGAAAGAAAAUUAAUUUCCAAGUAGACACAUUCUUUUUAUCUAAUGUUUGGAAUCUCUAAAAAAAAACUUUGUUACUUUUAUAAAUUUCAUGAAAUUAAUAAUUAAAUCAAAGCUGAAGCUA